UUCAACCUUCAAUCGUCACAAUUUCAACAAUGGCUACAGUUACGCAGACCGAUACGAGAUUGGAGACCUUUGAGCUCCGAAGCUCACCCAGCCCGACGCGGAAUGUACUCGAUGACACUGAACCUCCGCAUUCAUCGAAGCCAAGUACCGGGGAACUACUCAAGAUUCUCAGCGCUGGAUUCAGUUUCUUCGUCGCUGGCGUUAACGAUGGAAGUAUCGGCGCUUUAGUCCCUCAUAUAAUUCGAGAUUACAAUGUCACGACGGCAAUCGUCUCAUCAGUUUACGGCGCGAACUUUAUGGGAUGGUUCUUCGGCGCCUUCUCCAACACUCACCUCUGUCAAGUCUUCGAUCUCGGGUCAAUGCUUACGUUGGGUGCUGUUCUGCAAGUCAUCGCUCACGCGCUCCGGUCUUGGAAGCCGCCUUUUCCCCUCUUCACCAUCACCUUCUGGCUCGCGAGUCUGGGUCAAGCAUACCAAGACACGCACGGAAACACUUACGUCUCUGGAGUAAAGGGCUCUCAUAGGUGGCUGGCGUUCAUUCAUGCGAUGUACAUGGCUGGUUGUCUUGUUGGACCAUUCGUCGCGACUGGUGUUGCUUCUGCAGGAAGGACGUCGAGAUGGUACUUGUUCUAUACAUUCCCACUUGGAAUCGGUGUUUUGAACGUCGCUUUCGUUGUCUACGCGUUUUGGGACACUCUGAGACUGAAGAGAAAGCAACCGCCAACCGAACGUACCCUCGAGGCCGAUGAAUCGCCUGCAUCAAGAAACGACGAUGCAUUUUCCUUGAUGAAGGAGACUCUCAAGCACAAGAAUGUCUGGCUCAUUAGUCUCUUCUUCUUCUUCUUCCUCGGCGCAACUCUCACAGCUAGUGGGUGGGUUGUAGAGUAUUUGGUCGAGGUUCGCAACGGGGACAUCAAUCAGAUGGGUUUCGUGCCCGCUGGAUUCAGUGGAGGAUCACUACUUGGGAGACUGUUUCUUGCGGAACCUACACAUCGGUUUGGAGUUCGCCCAAUGAUAUUUGCUUUCACGAUUCUCAGCAUCGGAUUGCUAGUUUUAUUUUGGCUGGUUCCGAACAUCAUCGCCGCUUCCAUCGCCAUCAGUCUGCUGGGCUUCUUCAUGGGACCAUACUUUGCCACAGGUAUCUCUGUCGGCUCGAAACUUUUCAAUCCUCGCAUCCAAUCAACAGCUUUGGCAUUUGUGUUUGUAUUUGCGCAGCUCGGAGGCUGCCUGUUCCCAAUCAUCACUGGUCUCAUCGCCGCCAGUGCGGGAGUCUCAAUUCUUCAGCCUAUUCUUUGUGCGCUUCUGGUUGCUACAAGUGUUUCUUGGCUGUUUGUUCCGAUGCCAAAGGAAGGUGAUAAUACGACACUGCACCAGGAGUAAUUGGACUGUGGGGUCUUGCGGCGAGGACGAAGCGCAAUAUGCUGCUCUAGUGCUGAAUCAAGAGGAGGAGGAGGAGGAGGAGGAGGAGGAGGGACCGAUGGUAUAUGAGAGAACCCAUUUGAACAGGAAACGCGAAGUAGCAAUAAGGGGGCCAUUGCAGACACGUGAGUUGUUGACAAGUGUUGGGAAAUGAAACAUUCGAUUAUUUGUAACGAUUGUGAGAUACAAGCUUUGUCUUUUCAGCCUCAUUUCUACUUCUUCACCCGACAUGUCGCUGAUGGCAUCAAUCUGCCUCACCACUGUCUCUUCUGAAAACCAUCAAACGUUCCUGUAGUAGGGUUCAUGUUAUACCUAUCCCAUUUCACGCUGAC